AUGCGCCGUGAAGCUUCUCAAAGCCUAUCAGACGGCGGGGCGACACAUGACGCUAUUUCGGCCGGUGCACGGGCCACCUUUCGGCACGGAUUAAGCGAGGCGAAGUUUGCACACAACCCGAGAGAUUCAGAAAAUCAAACAGCACUUGAAGACCGACCUGUCGACAACCUCUUCCCAACGACGUUCUUCCGCCUCAACCCACAAACCACAACGUCCAAAGACACCUUUGAGCAUCAAAGCCCGCUGGUGGCUCUUGAAGGCAAGGAUGUCAAGGACCUCUUGACGAACGUCGGUUCGGCCGGUGCCGCUGCUGCUGCUCCUGCUGGUGGUGCUCCUGGUGGCGGCGCUGCUGCCACUGAAGCUACCCCAGCUGCUGAGGAGAAGAAGGAGGAAGAGGAAGAAUCGGACGAGGACAUGGGCUUCGGUCUCUUCGACUAA